AUGCCUGACCUCGACGACCUUCCCAACGAGUUGAUGGCGGAAAUCUUCUCAUACUUCGACUUCAAAGACUUGACCAGAUGCAUGAGAGUCAACAAAUCCUUCAAGACCAUUAUCGAGCACUCUGACUUCGNNGACAAGAUCUUCUUCCGCACCAAACUCAUCAAGCUUGACGAAUCUAUCAAUCUUGACAAGCUCCAGAUCAAUCCCGCUUUUGACAGGCUGUACUACACCUCUCGAUCCAAGAUACAGGAUGCCUGCUUUCUGUUCAGCNGACAAAAGCCUGACGGCAAAUCCGACAUUCGAGAGCUAGCCCUGACCAAAUCGUCUGCUGCCAAACAGAAUGCCACAGAGCCCGCCGUCGCCCGAAUCGUGCUCAGCCCCUAUGGUGCCGAGGACUGGGAAGUGGAAGUCGAAUCUGAGCAGGGUCUGACUGUUCAGGACGUCGUGCAAGGUCUUUGUGACUACUAUCAGCCUGGUGCUCCCCGCGAUAGAUGCCACUACUUCUUCGAGGGCUUCUAUAAGAGCCAGGAAUCAACUGAGGACGAACUCAUCCUCGGAGCCCAGUGGGGUUCUUGA